AUUUGUAUAUUGUAAAAAUAUUAAUACCAUUAAUAUCUGUUUAUCGAUUUCGUAUUAUUUACUAUAAAAAUAAUAAAUAAUAAUAAGCAUUUAUUUUAUUCAGAAGUCAGAACUAUAUUUGACUAUAAUUUAUAAUAUCCUUAUAGUUCUUUAAUUGAAAUAUUAAAUCGGUCAUAAUAACUUUAAAUUAAUAUAAGUAUACAUAAAUUCAACUCAGAUUUGAUACAAUUGUUAUAGAUAGAAUUCAAGCUGGCGUCGUUCGAUGAAAAUAAUGAAUUUGAAAGCAAAAAACGAAAGAAACAUAAAAAGGAUAAAUAUGAAGAUAAGGAAAAAUCUGGUGGUUUAAAAUUGAUAUUAAAAGUUGGCAGUGGAAGUUGUUUGCCUGCUGAUGAACUAGUUAAUAAUACUAAUGGUAAUCAUGAGGCAAAUGAUUAUUUAUCUAAAUCACAUAAAAAGAAAAAAAAGAAGCACAAGCAUCACAAAGAGAAAAAAAAACGAACACGAGAUGAUAUCACAAUUCAAGAAGAAAUAAGUUUAGGUGAGGAAACUCUAGCAGAAGCUCCCAUGUCCAAACGUCCUAUAAGUUUUGAAAAUAACAGUAAAGUCAUAACAAAUUCUACCGAGGCUCAAAAUGGUGAAUGGAAAUCAGAAGAAACAAAUAAUCCUAAUGAAAAUCGACAAACUUUGCAACAAUUAUUAACGCAUUUGCUUAGAGCUUUGGAACGUAGAGAUCCUCAACAAUUAUUUGCAUGGCCAGUUACAGAUCGUAUUGCUCCUAAUUAUUCUCGUCUCAUAUCUAAACCAAUGGACUUUGAAACAAUUCGUCGAAGCAUUCAAAGUGACCUUUAUACCAGUUUAAAUGCUUUUGUUGCAGAUUUUAAAUUGAUGUGUGAAAAUGCCAUGACAUAUAAUCAACCAGAAACUAUUUAUUAUAAAGCAGCUAAGCGACUUCUUCACGCUGGUUUAAAAUUAACAGGUCCAGAAAAAUUAAAAACACUAUUAACCGCAUUACCUGGAAUGGCUAAUAUACCUCCAUCACAGCUGGGCUUUGAUAUUAAUCAAGAAUUCCAUGGAGAUACUUCAAAUGAUACAAUUAUUGAAAAUAUUGAACGAUCAUCUGAACGUUUGCAUGAUAGUGACCUAUUAAGUCAACGAAAAAUGAUAUCAAAGUUUGAGGCUAUACCUGAUGAUUUGACACCAGAUGAAAUACUUAAACAAGUGCAAAAUGCUGCUAAAGUAGCCUCUGAAAAAUUGGCUACAAAAAAUACCAAGAUGGGAUUCUUGAAACAACAAAACAAUGGAUCCACAUCGCUAUCAAUUUUAGUGCCAAACGAUGGAAUCAACCCUGAAACUGGGGAAAGGCCUGUUCUCUUAGGAUCAUUAAUUGGAAAGCUGAGUCAUGGAGUUGGAUCAAUUUCAGGUUUCCGUGAAGACAGGCGUAACAUGGUUAAAACUGUUAAACCAUUAUACUAUGGAGCGUUUGGUUCUUAUGCUCCAACAUAUGACUCAACUUUUGCCAAUUUAACAAAGGACGAAUCAGAUUUAGUUUUGAGAACCUAUGGUGAUGAAGCAUCUGCUCAGUAUGCAGAAAGCAUUUUAAAUUUUACAAAAGACUCAGAUUAUGCAAUGACUAUGGCAGAUAAUUUGCUCGAUUUAAUGACUGGUGGUGAUCAUCGUAAAACAAAACGUGUAUUAGAUGAGCGAAAAAAACAACAAGUUGUGUUAGAUGACAGCAAGAAACCAAUUAGUCAGUUACAUCAGCCUUCAUCAUGUCAACCCUUAGCUACUUCACUAAUUAAUACGGGAAGUUCAAACACUAUAACUACUAAUCAUCAAACUAAAACUGCUCCAAUUCAAAUUGAUCAGUUAAAAUCAUUAUCAGAACUUGGAAUUGAUACAAAAUUUAUAGAUUAUUAUCAAGAACAAAGUGUAUUUCAAGAUAGGUUGGAUCAUGUUGGUGGAUUGCUGGGACGUUUACAAAAUGUACAAAAUCAACGAUUGAGUGCUCCUCUUCCUCAACAUCUUUCACAAAUAGCACAUCCAUCACCACAGGAAAUUCAACUGGCGGAUAAAAUAACUGAAUCCCUUGCUGAAAAUUUAAAAAGAGUUCCGCCAUCAGCUGUGAUGUCCGUCACAGGUGUACGUAAAGCAAUGGGGAUUGCACAAAUUUCCCAUUUGGAGUUAAAUCAAAAUAACUGUCAUCCCCCAAAUUUGGUAAAUCAUGGUUCAUCUCAUCAACAGACACAGGUAUCAUUAAUGGGAGAUGGAAUACAAGAUCGCGUGGAAGGUGUUGAAGGUACUGUGUCUGGUGUUGAUUUAGAAUCUGAACUAAGAGAAUUUCUUGAAAGUGAUCCUACUUUAACUAGUUUUCCAUUGCAUGAUGAAAAUGAUCGAACAAUUGAAGAGAUAUUAUCUGAAUCAUAAUUUUCUAAUAAAUUUUAUAAAUUAUUGGUUGUUUUUUUUUUUUUUGUAUUUAUAUAAAUAUUAACUUAAAAAAACUUAAAAUGUUAACUUUGAAAAUCUGUUAAAGAAAAUAUCAACUAAAAUAAUUAAUAAAUAAUGGAAGUUGGAAGUAUAGUUGGUUACUGUCUUAUUUGCAUUUAAUUUAUUUAUUAGUUUUUAAUUUUUAUUGAAUUUAAGUAAAUAUUUUUAAAUUUAAAUACAUAAAAUGCAUGGAAUACAUUUCUUGAAUUUUUAAAUAUAAUAUAUAUAUUGUGAAUGUUAUAAUUAAAUAUACACAAUUUGUGAACAUCAUAAAUGCAUGUAAAUAACAAUAAAUUAACAUAUACUUUUUCUUUUGAAAUCUUUACAAAUUAUUAAUUAUGUAUUUUAUAGUAAUAUUUAAUAAUAAUAUGUAACAAAUUUAUACUUACAAUUAUAAAUGAUACAAUGUAUUGUGUGAACUAUAAAGAACUUAAGGGAAUAUUAAUGUUUUAAAUAUGUUUUUAUAUUUAAUAGUUUUGAAUUCUGAUAUAAGAUUUACCUUUUUAUGUAAACUAUGAAUGCUAGAAUAAUUAUUUUUAAAUGAUGCUGUAUUGCUGUUCAAUAUUAUUUAGAUGUAGAUUUUAAUAUAUUAUUCAGCAGGUUCUUAUUAUUACUAAAAAGUUAACAUAUAUUUAAAUUUUUUAAGUUGUAAAUACAUUAUUUAUAGCACAGAAUCCUACAGAUUAUGUUUUCUUUAAUUUCAGAUUUCAAUAUUAUUAAUAUUCAAUAAAAAAAAUCUAUGAUGAAUUGUUUAAUUUUUCUUUUGCUCUUAUUCAAAAAAAUUUAGCGUUUUAAGAUAAGCUUUAAGCACAUUUAUAAAAAUAUACACAUUUAGCCCUUUUAAAAAUUAUUGUUGCUUCCCAAAUACUUAUAUUUUUAAAAAUAGAUAGUUAUAGUUAAGUAUGUUUUGUGCGUGUAUCAAUGAUUUUAGGUAUUGAAUCUUAUUAUUUUUUUUUUAGUCAAUAAAAAAAAUUAAUUUUAAUUUUAUUUGUAGUUGAAUUUUAAUUUCGUAAAAUCAUUAUGUUGUUUAAUAAAAUAAUAAAUAAUUUUUUUUUUUUUGAAGUCAUAAAGAUAACAAAAUAAAAUGACCAUAUUGUUCAGUUGAUGUGGGUGUUCUUUGAAAUUGUAUUAAUCAUUACAUUGUUGGGUAAUAGCUAUUAGCUCUGUUUAAAUAAUAAUUUAAAUAUAACAGUUGCUAGGUAUUAGGGUAUAUUUUUUUUGAUAAAGUGUAUUUUAAUAUUGAAUGUAAUAAUAUCAGAAUUAUAAAAUAUAAGUGUUUUAAAUGUAAAUAUAAUUUGUGUUAAAAAUUGUU